GCAGGAUUGAACCUCAGUGGACAUCAGUCUUCAGUCUGAGUUUGGAGGACGUGGCCUCAGGUGUCCUGGGUGCUUUUCAGAGCUGUUCUCUGCGCCGACCCUCAGAUCUCCUCUGUGCUGCAGAACGGUUCCGGCAAUGUGCACAGAAAAUACUUGUGAUGCGGCUGUGACGUGCACGGCCCUCUGGGACAUCACUGUCGCCUUUCCCAUGAUUCUCUGAGCUACAGAGGUGCUUCAGGUUAACACAGAUGGAUGCGGGUGCAAACAAGCUGACAGCGGGAGGCUGAGGAUGAGCCUCUUGUGGUGAGGCUGAGACACAAGAGUCCCACAUCAACACUCACUCAGAACAUCCAGACAGACUAACUAGAAGGACCAAUGACUCUGUCAUCCUUAACCAACCCUCCUGAGUGGAGUCUGUGUUCUGCUCUUUGGAUCUUCUUCAUACUCAUUCCUGAAUCUACAGCUGACCUUAACUCUACUGCUCCACGCAACGGCGGAGGUUCCCAAUGUGGGGAAUACACUAACCAGAUCCUGGAGAACGGGAUGUGCCGCCUGGUGGCCACGCUGCCUCAGCUGAAUGAGCAAAGAUGCCCGGAUAUGUUCCGCUGCACAGAGGAGGUUUCCUACUGGCUGAAUGAAAAUGAGGAGAGGAAACAACAGAUCAUAACUCUGAGGGAAACUAUCUCUGCCCUGCAGGAGGAGCUGCGCAACCACCGGCACCGCAUCAAGGUUCUUGAGCUGCAGAGUGAAGACAGGAACCAUCUCAACACGACCUUGGAGGCUCGUUUUCAUGACUUGGAGGUGUACUAUGCAGAAGCUACCACUUUGCUGCACCUACAGGGAACUCUGAUCCUAGACCUCCAGAACCAAGUUCAUAAUCUGACACAUCUGGUGGAAAAAGUGAAAACAAACCCUGGUUGUCUCAACAUGGUCCAUCCCAACCCUCUCAUGAAUGCUGAACAAGGCUCACGCUCAGAAAUUCACCAUCUCAGAAACUGUCCAGUCGACUGUGCUUCCAUCUACCUCACCGGUGUGAGGAGAUCCGGUCUGUACACCGUAGUGCCAUUACUGGCAAAUAUCCCCGUGGAGGUUUACUGUGACAUGGACACGGACGGUGGUGGAUGGACCGUGAUCCAGCGUCGACUUGACGGCUCUGUGAAUUUUGACCGGAGCUGGAGGGACUACAGGGAUGGUUUUGGUGACCUGCACUCUGAGUUCUGGCUCGGAAAUGACCACAUACAUGACCUGAGCACACAGGGAAACUACAGCCUCCGCAUCGACCUGCACGACUGGAGCAAGAAGCAUAAACACGCCCUCUACCACAGCUUCCGGGUUGAAGAUGAAGACCACCUGUACCAUCUCCACGUGUCGGGCUUCAGUGGCACCGUGCAGGACUCUUUCAGCUGGUACCAUGACAACCACGCCUUCAGUACACCAGACAGCGGAAACAUCUGUGCUGAGAUUUCUCGUGGAGGAUGGUGGUACAACCAGUGCUUCUAUGCCCAUCUGAAUGGGGUUUACUACAGGGGAGGCCAUUACACCCCUAAAGGCCACGGCGUCUUGGGUCCUGAUGGCAUCGUUUGGUACUCAUGGAGAGACACAGACUAUUACUCUCUACGGAAAGUCAGCAUGAUGAUCCGCCCACACUCCUUCCGAAAGCAUUCCUCUCCGUAAACCACCAUCAUGACUGAUACAGCGGUAAAGGGUGGCAUGUAUCUCAGGAACACACUGACUGGCCUAAGGAGAAAUGGUGCAACGUUUUGUGGACUGAUGAAAGCAAGAUUGUUCUUUUUGAGUCUAUAGAGGCCACAGGCAGUUUGUCAGACCACCCCCCAAAACUGAAUUCAAGCCAUAGUACACUGUGAAGACAGUGAACCAUGGUGGAACAAGCAUCAUGGGGAUGUUUCUCAUACUCUGGUUUCGGGUCAAUUUAUGGCUUACCAGGGAUCAUGAAUCAGUUUGAAGCAAUCCAAAUACUUGAAGAGGUCAUGUUGCCUUAUGCUAAAGAGGAAAUGUCCUUGAAAUUGGUGUUUCAAUAAGACAACGACCCCAAAUACACCAGCAAGUAAGCAGCAUCUUGGUUCCAGACCAACAAGAUCAAAGUUAUGGAGUGGCCAGUCCAAUCCCAGGACCUUAACU